AUGUAUCCCUCAAUUGAAAUUCCAGUAAUUUUGUUAUUUGCCUCUCUAUUCGCUCAAAUCAGUGCAACAAAAAGAAUUCGCGAGAAUUCCCUUGACAUUACGACCACCAAGGCUAAAGAACCUCUCCCUUUUGAUUUGAACCAACCAGCACCAGAUGAUAACGAUGGACCAAAUAAAAAGCGAUUAAAGAGCUCUCCUGCCAAGAAAAAAUCGUCAGAAUUUUACAGAGCGAAAUAUCGUCGUCUGAAAGAAAGAAUGCAAAAAGAUCCAGAAUUAGUUCAACGUGUUCAAGAUAGUAAAAUGAAGUAUGAAUUAAAGAAAAAGACAAAAAUGACAGAAGCGGAAAAAGAAGCACAUAAAGAAUCUGUCAGCGCAAGAAACCAUCAGCAAUAUCUGCGUAGAAAAGCAAUUUACGGUAAAGAGGUGAUUAAGCAAAGACGAGAAGUGGCGCAAAUCAAAGAACAGAUGAAAUUUGGACAAGUUUCAGUAGAAGACAAGAAAAAGGUGGACGAUUAUUAUGCGAAAAAGCGAAAAAGGGAUAGGGAUUACGAACCUAGAAGGAAGCAAAGACGGAAGGAUAUGUUUGAAGUCGAUGAUAACUACUGGCCUGCAGAGCUCAGCCCUGCGCACGCUUUCCAAUCAACCUCCUCGUGA